CAUAAUCACCCUCAAUCUUAAUCAACCCCACAUGCUCUCUCUCUCUCUCUCUCUCUUCCAAUUUUAACAUUUGAGAAUUGAGCGCCAACAAGUUAAAACCCUAGAGAGAGAAACAAACUAAACUACUAAACUAGAGAGAGAAACAAACAGAGAAGCUAAGUACAUCCUCAAUCAUCAUUCACCACUCCUCAACACCACCUCCUUUCUUCAUACAUUAUUAUUGCAUCUUUUUUUUCCAAAAAAAAUAAAUAAAAUCUGUCAUUUAUUAUUAACAUUACUUAAAAAUCUUUUAGAAAACUUUUUAGAUCUACUUACCCAUUACUUCUCCAUAAUCCCAUAUCUCUCUCUCAAUCUCACUUUCUCUAUGUUCUUCUAUUAUUAGAAAGAGAGGAUUUUUUGGGAUAUUAUUGAUUCAUUUUUUGAGUUGCAAAAGUCAAAAAUCAAAAAAGUGGGGACCUUUUUUUGUAUUUUUGAAUUUUUUUGAGAUGGGUGUUCUUUAAAUUGCAUGUAAAUGCAAAUUCAUUUUCUGGGUACUUUAGAAAAAGUUGUUUAAAUGCAGAUUUAAGUGAGAAAAAACGACGAAGAAAGAAAGAAAGAAGAAGGAGAAGAAAAUGUCAGGAAGUAGCAGAGUGUAUGAUCCAAGCAAGCUACAUUUGAAGAGGGAGCUGACUCAAAUUCGAAAAGCAGCACGAGUAUUGCGUGAUCCUGGUACCACUUCCUCUUGGAAAUCCCCUUUAAGUUCAUCUAGAUCUGUGGCCCCCUCUUUGUUUGAUAGUAAUAAUAGUAUGCACUAUCUUUAUCAUAAUAAUCAUGACAAAUUAACUGCUAAAAAUGAUGAAAUAAGUCCACAUUUGCAACAAAGAGUUGAGGGUAAUAAUAGUAAUGUGAGGGAGAAGGAGAAGGACAAGGAAAAGGAGAGAAGGAUUUUUUUGUAUAAUUGGAAGAGUAAUAGGUCUUCAAGUGAGAAGAGUUUGGGAAGGUUUGAUUUGGAUGGUGAUGGUGGUGAUGGUGGUGGUGGUGCUGCUGUUGCUGGUGUUAAUAAUGUGAAUGAUGGAUAUUCGCUUCGAGGGAGUGGUGUUAGUGAUAGUGUUGGUGGUAGCUUGAGUGAUGCUCGAAAUGCCGGUGGCGAUUCCAAGAGUGAUACUUGUAUAGGGGAAUAUCAGAGGCGGGGGACACGACACCACCGGCAUUAUUCUACCACUUUUAGAUGUAGGGAUACAAGGCUUGCAUCGAUGGCGUCACCUACAAUGGCGUCACCUACGAUGGCUAGGAGGGUUGUUGGUAAGAAGAAAUCGAGGAAAAAUGGUGGUUCUGUUGUUUUAAGACAACAGUUGCAGAAACAGAAGCAGAAGAGAACACAAGGUAUGGGUGAUAAGAACUCGAAAUGGGCACCUUCAAAUGGUUUGGUUUUGAAUCAAGAUGAUUCUGUUAGCUUGGUUGAUCAAUCGGAUGACACGGAGGAUUAUUGUGUCUCUGAGGAGUUGCGUCGAGCAUCAGCAGGAUCUCCUUUGCUCUCAAGGCUUAGGCAGAAGCAUAGAUUUUUGCGAGGUAGUCGGAGGGAUGACUCCUCGUAUACUUUGAGUACCCCUGCCUUGUCGACAAGCUCUUUUAACAGAUUUAUGCUGGCAAAUUGCAAGAACCCUAGUACUGUAGGAUCAUGGGAUGGGACAACGACCUCCUUUAAUGAUGUGGAUGAUGAUGAGGGACAUCAUUUAGAUUUGCCUGGUCGUCAAGGAUGCGGGAUUCCCUGUUAUUGGUCAAAGAAGAUACCUAAACAUAAAGGAGCUUGUGGAAGUUGCUAUUCUCCUUCUCUUUCUGAUACUUUAAGGAGAAAAGGCGGUAUGUUACUUUGUGGUAGCCAAAAAGAUAAUCAUAAACGACACAAAUCUUUAUCACGUGCAAAGAAACAGAAGAUCCUAUCUCAAAUGGCCCAAGGUCAUCUUCCCUUGCUUAGUAAUAGCUGUGAUGGAGGAGAUUCAUCUGUAGGAACACGAAAUAGUGAUGAUGAGCUAUCCACAAAUUUUGGAGAACUCAAUUUGGAAGGUUUGAGCCGGUUGGAUGGGAGGAGGUGGUCAGCUAGUUGCAGGAGUCAAGAUGGCUCAGACCUUGUUUCUGCUAGUGGGGGAGGUGAAGAGGAAGGCUCGUCAGAAAACAUUAGGAGCUUAAGUCAGAGAUAUCGGCCAAUUUUUUUUGAUGAAUUGAUUGGGCAAAAUAUUGUAGUCCAGUCUCUUAUGAACUCUAUAUCAAGGGGAAGAGUUGCCCCUGUAUAUCUUUUCCAAGGUCCUCGUGGAACUGGAAAAACAUCAUCUGCAAAAAUUUUUGCAGCUGCUUUGAAUUGUUUGGCCACUGAAGGAACAAAACCAUGUGGAAUCUGUAGGGAUUGCACUGAUCUUAUCUCUGGCAGGAGUAAGGAUCUGAUGGAGGUUGAUGGCACAAGCAAGAAGGCGUUUGAUCGAGUGCGGUACCUCUUAAAAAGCUUGUUGGCUGCCCCCUCAUCAGCUUUCUCACGGUACAAAAUUUUGUUAAUCGAUGAAUGCCACCUGCUUCCAUCUAAGACUUGGUUAGCGUUAUUGAAGUUUCUUGAAGAACCACUGGCUCGAGUUGUAUUCAUAUUCAUAACUACUGAUCUUGAAAAUUUGCCACGCAAUGUGUUGUCACGAUGUCAGAAGUAUCUCUUCAACAAAAUCAAAGAUAGUGAUAUUGUUAGCAGAUUGCGAAAGAUAGCUGCUGAAGAGAAUCUUGAUGUUGAUUCUGAUGCGUUGGAAUUAAUUGCUCUUAAUGCUGAUGGUUCACUUCGAGAUGCUGAAACUAUGUUAGACCAGUUGAGUUUGCUUGGGAAAAGAAUCACUACUGCUCUUGUCAACGAACUUGUGGGCGUUAUCUCAGAUGACAAACUACUUGAACUUUUGGAGUUGGCUAUGUCAUCCAAUACUGCGGAGACUGUAAAAAGAGCUAGAGAGUUGAUGGAUUCUGGAAUUGAUCCCUUAGUGUUGAUGUCUCAACUUGCCAGUCUUAUAAUGGACAUCAUUGCUGGGUCUUACCAACUUGCAGAUGCAAGAUGUAGUAACUCAUCCUUAAGUGGCCGAAGUUUGUCAGAGACAGAGCUGGAGAAAUUAAAGCAUGCAUUGAAGCUUCUUUCUGAAUCUGAAAAACAGUUGAGAGUUUCCAGUGAACGUUCCACGUGGUUCACAGCCACUUUAUUACAACUUGGCUCUGUUACUUCUCCCGAAUUUACUCUAUCAGGAAGUAGCAAGAAGCAGAGCUCAAAAACCACAGAGGAGGAUCCGUCUACUGCUUCUAGAGAUGCUUCUGGAAGAAAGCAAACUUCAGAUUCCUUGUAUAUGAUCCGAAGAUCAGCCUCUCCAUUACUUUCUGCAGAAGGUAAUCAAAACUCGGGCUAUCCAGAGGGUCCUUACUUGCUUACUGGUGGCAUGAAUUCCAAUUCUAAGGCCACGCACAAGCGCUCAGUAAAUAUAGAUAGCACUGCUUCACAUGGUGAUUUUAUAGGUGGAAGUUUGAAUACGGGACAAACUAACAUGGAUGGCCUAGAUGAUAUAUGGUUACAGUGUAUUGAAAGGUGCCAUUCGAAGACCUUGAGGCAGCUGCUUCAUAGUCAUGGAAGGCUACUGUCAAUAGCUGAAGCUGAAGGUGUUCUCGUUGUGUAUAUUGCAUUCAGGGACAAAGUUGUCAAGUCCAGAGCUGAACGAUUUAUUAUUAGCAUCACUAACUCCAUUGAGAUGGUUCUGGAACGAAGUAUUGAGGUCAGAAUGAUCCUGCUACCUGAUGGUGAACUGCAUCUAGAUAGGGCAGAGACAAACGCAUCACCAGAUUUGUCAGCACAGAAACAGAUAAAAUCAGGUGCAAUUGUCAAUAUGGAGGGAGACUUGAAUGCAGGAUCAAAUUCGUCUUUGUUGUUGGAUGAAAGGUCAUCGAGCAUAUUGGACCAGUCGAAUGACAACAAUACUAAUGUGAGAAGGCAAGAGGUUCCUAUGCAGAGAAUAGAAUCCAUAAUUCGCGAGCAAAGGCUAGAAUCAGCUUGGUUACAGGCUGCUGAGAGAAGCACACCUCGAUCAAUGAGUCGUCUACGACCUGAAAAAAAUCAGGUCUUACCUCAAGAGGGCAUUUACUGCCAAAAUCAAGCAGAAUCAACGAAUCCCAUGAAUUUGACCUCCAAGCAUUGGGAUGAUGAACUCAAUCAUGAGAUCAAAGCUUUGAAGGUCAUUGACAGAAAAGCUCACCAGAAAGAUCAGAUUGGUAAAAGGAUUGACCAUCAUCCUAUAUCCCCAAGCUUGUUGCAUCAGAGUGGCUUUGCAACCAAUCUUAGCAAGGAUUACCAGGGAUAUGAAUCUGGGCCGGGGACUGCUGGCUGUAAUAUGCUUUUUUGUUGGAACACCAGACAUCCAAGAAAGGGAAAGGGUAACCAAGGGACUCCUGUUCGAUCACGAAAAGUUGGACGAUUCUUAUGUUUUGGCGAGUGUAGGAAGACAGCAAGACAGAGCAGAGCAGAACGAUAAAUUCCUCUCUCAAACUCAUUUUUUGUAUUUAUUAAUUUAAUUAUCUUUAUUUUCUUAUCACAUUUAGGCAUUCUUAAAGGGUGAGGGGUAGGUCAUGUAAAGUCAGAAAAGCUGGUUCUGUGAUUCUUAAACAUUGCUUAUUGUGGCUGGGGAAGGGGCGAGCAUGUUUAUUCGGUGUAAUAAAGCAAUGAGGUGAAAAGUGUAAAACUUCAUGUGUUCUCUAAUCAUCCUUUUCGCCUAUAUCU